AUGGGAAAUGAGGCGAUAUGGACGGCCCUUGCCCACAGCAUAAACAAGCUAGAUCAAUUGGACGAUGUCAUCCCAGAAAGAAAUAAAGUCCUCGCUGCUUUUAAAUACUGCCCAAUGUCAAAGGUCAAGACUAUACUCAUCGGCCAAGAUCCUAUUCCUUAUAGAAAAUUUGCUACUGGCUUGGCUUUUUCAUAUCCCGAGGGUACCGUGCUGCCUCCGUGUGACCCAGAACGUCCUGAGUACAAACAUCUCGCGGCUAUGAGAAAACUUCACGAUGUUCUAACGUCACCGACAUCCCCAGCUGAGGAGGAAACGUCUGCCUGCCACAUCACUUGGGCAAAGAAAGGCGUCCUGCUGUUGAAUGCAGCACUGACCUACACAAAUCCAGCUGACCAGGAGACUCAUCAAACAAUGUGGUAUGAGUUUCUACAAAAUUUGUUAGCCGAAGUACUCGGGGGUAACUUCCACGUACGAGGCCCACUGUUUGUCGUAUGUUGGGGUACGGAGGCAAGUCAGCUGUAUUCCAAUCUGACGUCGAAAGUAAAGAUAUCUCCAGAAAAACAGCACCUGAAUCAUUUUAUGACAGAUUUAAAACCACCAUCCCAUGCCAGACACGUGUUUGACGAACAAGCCAAAGCUUUUUUUAUGAAAAUACACGAGAAUUGGCUAAACCUGUUUUCUCUAGAUAGAGUCGAAAAACUUGCUGAAAUGAGGAUGGCAGACGGAGGUAAGCUUAAAUAG